CACAGUAGAAUUAUACACAGCAGUGCAGGAAGUCAGCUGAUCUGUGCUUUUUAGAGGACGCAAUUUCUACUGCGCAACAAGCAGCUCAGAGCUCGAAUCUCUAAAUACUCGCUGGUGGUGAUUGUGGAAAGAAGACAACAUGUCAGUGACGGUGAAGGCUUAUCUCCUCGGGAAAGAGGAGUGUCAUAAGGAGAUCCGCCGCUUCGCCGUGGAUCAGGAUGUCUCGACAAGUUUUGAGUACUUGAGUCGGAAGGUGAUAGAUGUUUUCGCAAACCUACGCAAUGUCUCCUUCCAGAUGUACUACAGAGAUGAGGAUGGAGACAUGAUUGCCUUCUCCUCAGAUGAGGAACUCAUGAUGGGACUGACUAUGGUGAAGGAUGAUACCUUCCGCAUUUUCAUCAAGGAAAAAAGGGAGCACAAGCGUGACCUCCCUCAUAUGGACCAAGGAUGCACCUUCCCCCCUCCUCCAGGACCACACCACAUGUAUCCUCCUGGAUUCCCUCCCAUGGGUCUACCUCCUCAUCACCAGCUGAUGGUUCACCCUGGGGUGACUUGUGAUGGUUGUGAGGGACAAGUGGCUGGGACCCGCUUCAAGUGCACUGUGUGCCCCAAUUAUGACCUGUGCUCUACCUGCCAGGCCAAGGGCCUCCACAAGGAGCAUGCUCUCCUGCCUAUUUUUCACCCUAUGGCCAAUAUGAAUGAGUGGUUUCCCCGUGGCAAGUUUUGGCGCAAGAUGAGGCAUUGCAUGUGGGCUGGGGCCCAGGCGCAAAAUCAGGCUCAAAACCAGGCCCAGCCUGGGUCAUCUAAUUGCCAGCCCAGCUCCCAGCAGGCUAACUCGCAGGAAGGUCAAACUGGAGCCUCAUCUACCCAGACCAAUAUGGAGUACUUGAAGAACAUUGGAGAGGGGGUGGCUGCCUUGCUGAGCCCCCUUGGCAUUGAUGUGGACAUUGAUGUCGAGCAUGAGGGCAAAAAGGCCAAAGUGACCCCACCUCCUUCUGCCUCAAGUGGACCUCCUAGUGGCCGGAGUGAUGGUAGCUCUGGAGGCCUUUCCAAGGGUGCAGAUGGAAGUCCAAGCAGUGUAGGGAGUACUAAUGGGGGGCCAAAGGAUCAGAAAGACCAAAGUAAUGAUGAGGAGUGGACCCAUCUGAGCUCAAAGGAGGUGGACCCAUCCACAGGUGAGCUCCAGUCACUGAGGAUGGAGGUGGAUGGAGGAAAUGAUAACCCUGCUCCACUUGACCAUGGUUCCACCAUUAACCCAGGCCCCAGUGGUCUGCGUGAAGCUGCCCUCUAUCCACAUUUGCCACAAGAUGCUGACCCUCGACUGGUGGAAUCUCUGUCCCAGAUGCUCUCCAUGGGCUUCACAGAUGAAGGUGGUUGGCUGACCAGACUGCUCCACACUAAGAACUACGACAUUGGAGCUGCUCUGGACACCAUCCAGUAUGCCAAACCCCCAGGCCAACAGAAGUGAAGCAAGGGCUCAAAAACAUAAAUGGGGGGUUAAAUGUUUAUUUUGAAAACCCCAUACUAACCCAUUUAACUUUCUCUGCCAACAUGUAAACAUUCUCUUCAUACAGCUAAGUUACUCAGGCAUUUUAAUAGAUUAAUUUUAUUCAACUGUAAGACCAUGUGGAAAUUUAACCUGGGAAGUCACAUAAGGAUACUAUCCAAAUGCAGUCACACUCUUUUAUUGGCUCAAUCACUUCACCGAUAGCACAAACCUUUCUUUUCCAGACAAACUGUUAUGAAUUAUUCCCUACUUACAAUCUAGUAAUCAAUGUUUCUUUCUGGAAAGAAAAUCAGAGUAUAUUUGUUAAUCAGAAUGGAAAACAAUUGUUAUUCUAUACUUUUUCAAACUUGUCUGUCAAAUAAAUUACCUGCAAAGCUCAA